AUGACUGGUGAGAUUAUAGACGGUAAGAACAUUGCCCUAACCAUUCGUGGUGAAAUUGCUGAUGAGGUUGCUGCAUUGAAGGCUAAGAACCCUGCUUUUAAACCACAUCUAGCAAUUGUUCAAGUUAGUGAUAGAAAAGAUUCAUCAACUUAUGUGCGUAUGAAAUUGAAAGCUGCUGAAGCUGCUGGUAUCCUUGCAUCCUAUAUCCAUUUACCUGAGGCAACUUCAGAACAAGAAUUGCUAUCUAGGGUUGAUAUGUUGAAUGAGGACCCUACCAUUCAUGGUAUCAUUGUACAAUUACCACUACCAUCUCAUAUCGACGAAGACAAGGUCACAUCUGCUGUCAUGGCUAAAAAAGAUAUCGAUGGGUUUGGUCCUGUCAAUAUUGGUGAAUUAAAUAAGAAAAAUGGUCAUCCUUACUUCCUUCCAUGUACUCCAAAGGGUAUCGUCGAGUUGUUGAAGAGAUCUAAUGUCACUAUUGCAGGUUCCAAAUCUGUAGUAAUUGGUAGAUCUGAUAUUGUAGGUUCACCAGUGGCAGCACUUUUGAAAUCAUUGGACUCUACAGUCACGAUUUUGCAUUCUAGAACCCUAGAUAUCCCAUCUUAUUUGAAGGAUGCUGAUAUCAUAGUUGUAGCUAUUGGUAAACCAGAAUUUGUAAAAGGUGAAUGGCUAAAAGAAAACAAGAGAAACCCAGUCGUCAUCGAUGUUGGCACUAAUUUUGUAGAUGAUGCUACCAAGAAAUCUGGUUACAGAUAUGUUGGUGAUGUUGAAUUUAAUGAAGCAAUUAAAUACGUUAAGUUAAUUACUCCUGUUCCAGGUGGUGUUGGUCCAAUGACUGUUGCCAUGUUAAUGGAAAAUACCUUAAUAGCAGCCAAAAGAGAAUUGGAAACUGGUGGUAAGCUAUGUGAAUUUAAGCCACUUCCACUAAAAAAAUUGAAGCCAGUUCCUUCUGACUUCGAAAUUUCAAGAGUACAGAAACCAAAAGAUAUCUCACGAAUUGCCUUAGAGGCUGGUAUUUUGCCAUCUGAACUAGAACCAUAUGGAGCUACUAAGGCAAAGGUGAAUUUGAAAUUGUUGGACCGUUUGAAGGAUAGAGAACAUGGUAAAUAUAUUUUAGUGACUGGUAUUACACCAACUCCUUUAGGUGAAGGUAAGUCAACCACUACCGUAGGCUUAGCUCAAGCUUUGGGUGCCCAUUUAAAGAAAACAACUUUUGCUAAUGUUCGUCAGCCUUCCAUGGGUCCAACCUUUGGUAUUAAAGGUGGUGCUGCCGGCGGUGGCUACUCUCAAGUCAUUCCAAUGGACGAAUUUAACUUACAUGUCACUGGUGAUAUCCAUGCAAUUUCCAUUGCCAAUAACUUACUAGCUGCUGCUAUCGAUACUAGAAUGUUCCAUGAAUCCACUCAAAAGGAUGCUGCUUUCUAUAAGAGAUUGGUUCCUUCAAAGAACGGUGUUAGAAAAUUCACUCCUACAAUGUUGAGAAGAUUAAAGAAGUUGGGUAUUGACAAAACAAACCCAGAUGAUUUAACUGACGAAGAAAUUUCAAGAUUUGCUAAGCUAAAUAUUGAUCCUGAGUCUAUUACUUGGAGAAGAGUUGUUGAUUGUAAUGAUAGAUUCUUAAGAGGCAUAACAGUAGGUGAAGCUCCAACAGAACGUGGUUUUACAAGAAAUACUGGUUUUGAUAUAUCUGUUGCUUCAGAAUGUAUGGCCAUCUUAGCAUUAUCAACUUCCUUAUCAGACAUGAGAGAACGUUUAGGUAAAAUCGUUAUAGCAUCUUCAAAAACUGGCGAACCAAUUACCUGUGAAGAUAUUGGUUGCGCUGGUGCUAUGACUGCUUUAUUAAAAGACACAAUCAAGCCAAAUAUUAUGCAAACUUUAGAAGGUACUCCAGUGUUUGUCCAUGCAGGUCCAUUUGCUAAUAUUUCGAUUGGAGCCAAUUCUAUUUUAGCAGACAAGAUGGCUUUAAAAUUGGCUGGUGUUGAUCCAGAAUUACCAGAAGACAUCAAACGUGAAAAUGUUGGUUACGUCAUUACCGAAGCUGGUUUCGACUUUACUAUGGGUGGUGAGAGAUUUUUGAAUAUCAAGAGUCGUGCCUCUGGCUUGAUUCCAGAUGUUGUUGUCAUUGUUGCUACUGUAAGAGCAUUAAAGGUUCAUGGCGGUGGCCCAGAAGUUAAAGCUGGUAUGCCAUUACCAGCCGAGUAUUCUAAUGAAAAUGUUGAACUAUUGAGGAAAGGUUGUGCUAACCUUGCUAAGCAUAUUGGCAACGCCAAGCAAUAUAAUUUGCCAGUUGUUGUUGCUAUUAACAAAAUGUCAUCAGAUACAGAUCUUGAACAUCAGGUUAUAAGAGAAGAGUCCUUGAAAGCUGGUGCCUCCGAUGCCAUUGUUUCCAACCAUUGGGAAGAAGGUGGUGAAGGUGCCAUUGACUUGGCUAAGGGCAUAAUCAAGGUAACGAACGAAGAAAGUAACAAAGAUUUUGAAUUUUUAUACAAAACAGAAGGUUUAAGUGUUGAAGAAAAAAUCACAGCGGUUGCCCAAAAGAUGUAUGGUGCAAAAGAUGUUGAAUUUACAGAGGAAGCCCAAAGGAAAAUCAAUUUAUAUAAAGAACAAGGUUUUGGCGACUUACCGGUCUGUAUUGCCAAGACUCAAUACUCAUUAUCUCAUGAUGCCAACUUGAAAGGUGUUCCAACUGGUUUUACUUUCCCAAUUAGAGACGUCAGGGCUUCUAUUGGUGCUGGCUACUUGUAUGCAUUGGCUGCCGAAAUCCAAACUAUUCCAGGUUUACCAACCCAUUGUGGUUUUAUGAAUGUUGAGGUGAAUGAAGAUGGUGAAAUUGACGGUAUGUUCUGA